AUGAAUACCUUCUACACGACAAAUACAGCAACGCGCCGCGAACAUGAAAACCUCUUCCGUUAUACCAGUGGACGAUGGCUCUGGGAUGAAGAAGAACAACUCUGUGACAGGUAUAAGGCCUUUAAUAUUACAGAGCUUCAAAACCUAGCGGCCAAAGCCAUUGAGGCGGAUGGCUGUGUUUCAAUAGCAAAACUGGUCGAAGGGGGGUUUAAUAAGGUAUUUCGUCUUCUCAUGGAUGAUGGAAAAACUGACCUGGCACGCAUACCAAAUCCAAAUGCGGGGCCUUCGUUUUAUACGACUGCCUCAGAAGUUGCUACAAUGGAAUUCGCCCGGACCGUUAUGAAAAUUGCUGUGCCCCAAGUAUUUGGGUGGAGUGCUACUGCCCAAAACCCAGUGGGCUCAGAAUACAUCAUUAUGGAGGAGGCGACAGGAUCCCAACUUGGGACAGUGUGGGGUAAAAUGACUCCGGACUUAGAACUGAAUAUUAUGAGGGAUAUCGUAUCUAUUGAGACCAAAAUGCUGUCAAUGUCAUUUUCACAGUAUGUGCUUGUUUGA